AGAGCGAUGAGCGCGGGCUGAGGCAGCGUCGGGGCCUUCCCGCCGCCAUGGUGGCUCACGACGAGCUGGGCGGGCUGCUGCCCAUCAAAAGGACUAUCCGGGUCAUCGAUGCGCAGAACCAGCACUUCAGGGAGCAGGAGGAGCCAAGCACGAAACGGGUCCGGCCUUUAGCACGAGUCACCUCCCUGGCAAACCUGAUCUCUCCUGUCAGAAAUGGGGCAGUUCGACGUUUUGGGCAGACAAUCCAGUCGUUCACCCUUCGCAGCGACAGCAAAUCCCCUGGCUGUGCCCAGAAGUCAUGCAGCAGAUCUGCUGCUCCUACUCCCCCCAAGAGAAGGAACAGUGUCCUUUGGUCUGAAAUGUUGGACAUCAACACGAAAGAAUCCCUGAGCACCAAAGAAAUCAAGCGCCAGGAGGCCAUCUAUGAAAUGUCCAGGGGAGAGCAGGACCUGAUUGAAGACCUGAAGCUGGCCAGAAAGGCCUACCAUGAUCCCAUGCUGAAACUCUCCAUCAUGUCUGAGGAGGAACUCACCCACAUUUUUGGGGACUUGGAUUCCUACAUUCCUCUGCACGAAGACUUACUGGCAAGUUUGGGAGAAGCAACGAAACCAGAUGGAACCGUGGAGCAGAUUGGGCCCAUCCUUGUCAAGUGGUUACCCCGACUGCACGCCUACAAAGGCUACUGCAGCAACCAGCUGGCAGCCAAAGCCCUCCUGGAUCAGAAGAAGCAGGACAGGAGGGUGCAGGAUUUCCUGCAGCGCUGCCUCGAGUCUCCCUUCAGCCGCAAGCUGGACCUUUGGAGCUUCCUGGACAUCCCUCGCAGCCGCCUGGUCAAAUACCCCCUGCUCCUCAAGGAGAUCCUGAGACACACUCCCAAAGACCACCCCGACAUCCACAUCCUGGAAGAAGCUAUAUCCAUAAUCCAAGGAGUCCUGUCUGAUAUCAACCUGAAGAAGGGCGAGUCCGAGUGCCAGUAUUACAUUGACAAGCUGGAAUACCUGGAUGAGAAGCAGAAGGAUCCAAGGAUUGAAGGCAGCAAAGCUUUACUGUGCCACGGGGAGCUGAAGAAUAAAAAUGGACACAAGCUCUACGUUUUCCUCUUCCAAGAAAUCCUGGUGCUGACGCGGCCGGUGACGCGCAACGAGCGCCAGGCGUUCCAGGUGUACCGCCAGCCCAUCCCCGUGCAGGAGCUGCUCCUCGAGGACCUCCAGGAUGGGGAUGUCAAAAUGGGAGGCUCCUUCCGAGGAGCUUUUGGGAAUUCUGAUAAAGCCAAAAACAUUUUCCGAGUGCGUUUCCAAGAGCCCAGCCCUGGCCAGUCCCACACUCUGCAGGCCAACGACGUGUUCCACAAGCAGCAGUGGGUGAACUGCAUCCGCACGGCCAUCGCCCCCUUCCACAGGAACAUUGCUGCCCCCCAGCUCAAGGAGCUGCCUGAGCUGAGCGAGGAGUCAGAGGAGAACAACCCCUCCGUGCCCAACAUCCCAGCCCAGCAGCUCCAGCCAGGAAUAUCCCACAUGGAGCUGGAUGAGAGCGGCGCCGCCGAGUGCGGCUCCGUCCUGGACUCGGGGGAAACCAAAGGGCUCAAAUCCCACAGAACCUCGUCUGGGCACAGAAAAUCCAGGGAGAAGCAGCUCAGUGGGAAACGGAAAGAAACGCUGGUGUAAGGAAAAAAAAAAAAAAUUGGAGCCCUGGUGUGUCACCCUGGGGGGAAAACUGUUAAUUUAUAAAUAAUUCUUUGUACAUUUUUGUACCGGGAGCACCCUGGGAGCUCCACGGAUCAAAUCCUGGGUUUAUGUUGGAAUGGCAGCUACUGGUGUGCAGUUACUGUUGAGCUGGGGUCUGUUUUUACACUUGGAAUCCACGUGGGAUUUCCAAAAGAGCAAAUUUGGGUUCCUGGGAGUUUUCCACGGAUGUGGUAGAGGAUGGAGAGUGAAGUGGAAUUUUGGGCAGCACCGAGGGUUUUGAUCAACACUGCAAAAGUCCUUUAAAGGACUCGGCACCUGAAGUCACCCUGGUGUGUGGUUAUGGCAAUUCCUGCAAAUCUGCGUGCUCCAAAAGGAGAAAUCCUAAAAAAACAGACCCCAGGUUCAACAGGUUCUCAAUUCACCUACUGGAAUCUUUGAUCUCUUGUGUCCUUUGUACAUUCCUCUGUCUCACUCUUGUAUCCUGCCAACUA